AAAAAUACGAGUGUGCAGUGUAGUGUUUCCUCUCUCCUUCGUUUGGGUCCGUUCAUCUCCCUUUGCGCAAAUUGCAUUGCCUUUGCCCACAGCAAAGCAAACAAAUAGAAAACAGCUUCGCAACGCACCCAACGUAUUACGUAUUCGUAUCUGUAUUUGUAUUCUUACUCUUCGCCACUUCACCUCCUUGGGCCCUUUUGGAGGAGAAAAAAAAAAUCAAAUUAAAUAGCAAAAAAUAGAGGGGUUUUUGUUUCCUGGAAUAUACUGGUUCCUCUUCUGUUCUGUAUGCUAGAUUGCUAGUGUGUGUGUUUGUGUUUGUUUAUGUUACCCAUUAUCCUCUACUUGACCUUCCAUCAAUCGCAAUUCAAAGUAUUUCUACCAAACCUUUAACCCUUUCUUCACCGCUUUCCUCUGAUCUCUCACCCUAUCCCUCAGAUCUAUGCCGUUUUUGUUCCCUUGUCGUUUCGAUCUAUCUCAUGACUUCUCUACGCACCCUACCCUAUCGUUUUGUUGAAACAGAACCACCGUUUUUUCCUCAGAUUCUCUUUCCGCCUUUGUUUCCGUUUUCUUCUCCUUCUCCUACCACUUGAACAACCUCUCCACUCUCUGAUUGAUUAUCGGUUUCACGAAUCUUCUUCUCUUUCGGUUCUGAGUAAACUAUAGUUUCCGAAUAUGGAUUUGGAUGAUUUCCGAUCCAUAUUGGAUACUGCCGGCGUUGACGUUUGGCUCUUCAUCGACACCGCCAUCACCGUCGCUUCCUUGGAUUGCGGUGAUGAGCUGAGGCGACGGAGGGAUGGAAUCAUAGAACGAAUCUUCGCUGCCACCACACCUCCUCUGCCGUGCCGGAACUGCGACGGCGAUCGUAACCUGAGGUCCAAUGGCUACCAAAUCAAGAAACGCCUCAGCCCUAGCCCUAGCCCUCAGCGACAACACAGCCACCACCAGCAACGUCGUGGUGGCCGUGGUGCCGCCGCUGCAGUUUCUCCCUCAACGCCGCAGUCUCUCGGAGAUGAUGAUGACAACGGCCACGCCGACGCCGCCGAAGACGACCGUGAAGAUUUGGAUCCUUACGGCGGCUUGUUCGAUGAUGAGCAGAAGAAGAUUCUAGAGAUUAAAGAGCAGCUCGAAGAACCCGACCAGUCUGAAGAAUCGUUGGUGGAGCUGCUGCAAAAUCUCGCAGACAUGGAUAUUACAUUCCAAGCGUUAAAGGAGACUGACAUUGGGAGGCACGUGAAUCGGUUGCGAAAGCAUUCCUCCAAUGACGUUCGCAGAUUGGUGAAGCUACUUGUGAGGAAGUGGAAGGAAAUUGUGGAUGAGUGGGUGAGGUUGAAUCAACCGGGUGGAACAGCUUCUCUCAUGGCUGAUGGGGACUCUCCACCGCUGAAAACCACCCAAAACGGGCAUCAUCAGAUUCCUGAUUUUGCAUACUCGCCAAAUCCACACAAUGGAAGUUCUGGGUCUGACCGUAACACCUCAGAGGCAGAACCAAAACCAAAAGUGAUUCCCCGCAAAGAAGCUCCGCCAAAACCAACGCCGCCACCUUCAGUCCCUACUCCUUCCAUCGCCUUCCAAAAUAGACAGAGAGAACAAAGAGAUAGAGAUUUUGACGCGGAGAGGCUUGCUUCGGCAAGGAAGCGGCUUCAAGAGAACUACAAAGAGGCUGAAAAUGCGAAAAAGCAAAGAACGAUUCAGGUGAUGGACAUCCACGAGUUACCAAAGUCAAAACCCAAGAAUGCCUUCUUUGGAAAGAACAAAGGCAGUGGCGGUUCUCAGGGAAGGCACUGGUGAUGGUCAUGGUGAUUCCAAUUACCAUGUUCGAUUCUUGGUACUAGCCAGCCAUGUAACGUUUUAAGAAAAAGAAGGGGCUUGUGCCUUGUUGGGUGGGGUGAUGCCGGAUGAAAAUUCCUAAACCCGCUUCACCCGUUGUGAAUUUUUCAUCCCCAAACCUAUUAUUUUUCUUGUGGUUUCUAUUUACUUAAUAAUAACCAACGAAAAGAAAGAAAGGAAAUUCCAAAAUAA